AUGGCGGCGCUGUGCGAGAGCUUCACGCUGCGCGGGCCGGGCCCCGGCGGCGACGGCCCCGGGCUGUGCCUGGAGCCGGGCCCGGGCCGCGACCUCGUGCUGCUCACCGAGCGCGGCCGGGCCGCCACGCUCUUCAAGAUUUCAGAUCAGAAGCCACUGGGCUGUUGGUCGGUUAAACAUGGGCAGAUUCUCACCUGUCCUGUCGUGUGCAACUUUGAAACCCACGAGUACAUCGCAGUGCAUGAUGACAAGGUUUUAAGAAUAUGGAAGAAUGAAGACAUUAACUUGGACAAAGCCUUUAAAGCAACACUCUCAGCAGAUGUGUACAGGAUCCAUUCCCUGCCCCACGGGGGCCCGGUGGUGCUGUUCAGGGGAGGGGGGGUCAGGACUCUGGAUGUGCUCUUGGAAGCCCCUCAGCAGGAAAUUGAAAAUGUCAUCUCAGGGGAGGUCAUCAGGUGGAGUGGAGCUUUUAUGGAAGGCCAACAACCUGUCUUAAUUUUCACUACUGAGAAAGAUGAUGAUUUUUUUGUCUAUGUACAGAAACCUAAGCUGAGUAGUCUACACAAAUACAAGCUUGAACAACAGGAAUCAGCCAAGCCACUGUGUUUCACAGCACAUAUAACAAACCAAAUUGUCACACUUCUGUGUUUGUAUUCCAAUGACUCUGUGUACCAGGUUCUGAUACCUCUGCAGCAAGAUUCUGAAGAAGAAGAAGAGGAAGAAGAAGAAGAAAUUUUGUCCAAGUCACUUCUACUAAACCUUUCAGUAUCUGGAGCUGUUCUGAAAGGAACAUCUUUAGUUGUCCUGGACAAAGACCACGUUGCAGUGUUGGGCAGUCUGGCUGCACCUAGGAAAGAGCCCAGAGAGUGCCUGACCAUAUGGAAUACAAAAUUUCAGACGUUGCAAACCUCAAAGGAGCUGCCCCUGGGGACCAGUGGCCAGUUGUGGUGUUAUGAGGAAAAAUUUUUUCUAAUUCAUGGGAAAGUGCUGACUGUAAUUAUGUACAAGUGUGAAACAUCAUCCUUGGCAGCUGCUGUGGGAAAGCUCAAGUACAGUCAAACUCCUGAUGUGUCCUUGUUUAUGAACUGGAAUACCCUGGAGGAUGAAGAGCUGGUGGCUUCCUUUCAGUCCCAGGAGUCUGUAGCUCUGAAAGCAGACUCCAGACUGAAUUUAAGAUCAAGAAAGAGCAGUGUUGCUGAAGAACAGCCAGAGCCCUUAUCAGUUGGGCAGAUCUUAAUAAAUUUCAAAGAUGCUUCUAAUUAUGUGUUGGAAACCAGAUUGAGAAAACUGAUGACAAAAGCACCGACCCCAGAUCUGCAAGCCACCAUUGGCUGUGUGGUCACUGCCCUUACAGACAGAUGUAAAAGAAAUCCAAAGUACUACCCUCAAAAUUUCCUGCAUGAGAUUGUUGAAACACGGAACUUGUCCUACAGUUUAUGUCCAGAUUUAAUGGCUGUUGCUUUGGAGAAAAAAGAUAUGCAUCUCUUACAACUCUGCCUAGAACGGUUUCCAGAUAUUCCUGAAGAAAUUACUUAUGCUUGCCUGAAAGCAUUUUUAAGCAUGAGUGAAUCCCAUCUUGAAAACAUGGAUGUAAAUCUAGAUUCCGUGAUCUGUUACAUUGAUGUUGAAUUCGACAAUAAAGACGUUAAGACUGAAAUUGUAGAGAAUGGUUUCAGAGCAGAGAUGGACCAGGACAUGUGUGGUACCAAAAUCCCAAAGGAAAGCCAGUCCAGGAGUGAUGAUGACUCCUGCCCUAUUGGGCCUCAGAAGGCAGCACUGCUAAAUGCUAUUCUCCAUUCAGCUUACACUGAAACAUUUCUUUUGCCUCACCUGAAAAACCUUCCAGCUGAAGAAGCUAUUCUAUUUCUCAGGUAUUUAUAUUACCUGUAUGUGAAAUGCAGUGAAAAAGUUAACACCACUCUUCCUGGAAUACGCUCUCCCACAAUAAAUCAGAUCAUGGAUUGGAUGUGCCUGUUGCUUGAUGCUCACUUCACUGUCAUGGUGAUGCUGCCAGAAGCAAAGGAGUUGCUUUCAAACCUGCAUAAGUUUGUGAGAGCCCAAGUACGGUUCUACUCAGAACUCAACAAGAUAGAAGGAAGUUUGCGGGAAUUACAAAGACUGAACCACCUGAGAGAAUCUCACACCUAUUCUAUUGAAGUGCUGGAAAUCAUUUGAAUUUGAAAUUCAUUAACACAUUUAUUUUGUAUUGAUUCCUUUUAUGACAAGGAUUUAUUAGCACUCCAUAUUGGGGCUGUCAAAAGUUGUUUUCUACAUAGGAGGAGCCUGGUUACUCUGUAGCUACAUGGGAGUUGUAAGUUUUGAACCUUGUGUAUUAAAAGCUCUCUUUUUGACUGGAUGAGAAGCUGGAUAUUUGCUUAUAUUUUCAUGUAGAAUUUUGAUAUGUGAUCAUGAGAACUUCCUAAAAUACCACAUGAUUCUUGGCUAAACCCAAGAUGAUUGUGGCAGAAGUGCUGGGGGCAUAACCUGCUGUCUUGGGCUGUGUAACUUGGAAAGAGCUGCACGCACAGUUCAGUGGCUCGAGUCACUUUGGAAGGUAACAGUUUCAGUUGUGUUUAUACACUGACAGUACCAAAUCUAUGUAGAAGUCUAAAAAAAACAACCCUGCAGUGGCAGCUGAAGAUUUGUAUAGAGGGGGACUUCUUGGCACUGAUAGUGGUUGCUUUCAAUAUUUUGGACAAGAAAACUUACCUUGAAUUUAAAAUAAGAACAUUCUUACCUACAUUAGUUUGUUUUCUGUAAGUACUUUACAACUAUUGAACACCUCACCUUAGUUUAUGUCACCUAUAGUGCUUGAUUUUUAGCUUUUCAAAGUAUAUCUUAGAUUGGUUUUGACUCUCUUUGAAAUACAAAGUGAUUACUAAAGUUUUAUGUAAGCAACAUUUGUUGAAGAUUUUACAGUUAUCUGUUGAAUUAUUCUUCUGAUGAGGCAUUCACUUAAAGCUGACUUGUCACAAGAUACUUGUGGGACUAUUCAUCUGGAAUAAGGAAAAAUGGGACAGAAGCAUAAUGCUGGAUUUCCUGGAGUCAAGUAUAAGAUGGAUGGUUGGGGACAAGAUAAUCAGUACAUUUUCAGAACAGCAAAUACAAUGUUAUUUUUACUUAUUUUUUCUAAUGAUGUGAUUGAAUAUUAGUAGAAUUCAGCGUAUCAGUGCAUUGAUAUACUUUGGUUUUCAUCAUGUAAAUAAAAUGGCAAUUGGAAUUAUA